GCCCGGGCUGGAUUUGGGCUUUGUUUCAGAAUUACAGGCCGGGCUGGGACAGAGCUCGGCCCGGCCCUAAUCCGGCCCAUUGACAGCCCUACUCCAGAGUCCUCAAACACCUGUUAAACCCCAAACCCCGCCAAAAGCCCAACUCCCAAAUUCUCUCUCUCACUCUCUCUGGCCAUGGCCAUCACCAACAGCAGAGAGAGAUGCACCGUAAGAGUCUCCAACAUACCUUUAUCUGCAAUCGCCUCAGAGCUCUUUGCCUUCUUUGAAUCCUUGAUCGGAGAAUCCACUGUCUUCGCCUGCGAGAUCGCCACCGAUCGCAGUAACUGGAAAUCCCGAGGCGUCGGGCGUGUCCAGUUCGAUGCCCCCGAGUCCGCGGCCCGGGCCCGCCUCCUCUCCGCCGAGGGAAAGCUCGAGUUCCAGCGGACCCGCCUUGAGAUCUCGCCGUCGUUCGAGGAGAUUGUUGUGCGGCCGACUGAGGCACGGAAUCGGGUGGAGGGAGGGGCUCUGCAUGUGGGGUUCUUGGGAGGGAACGGUUGGAUGGGCGCAGUCGAGUCUUGGAGGGUUGGGGUGAGAGCGGAGGUGAUGCCUGAGCGGAAGAGAGUGGAGUUUUCAGUGGUUGUGCCGGGAAUUGAAGGAGGCGGCGGUGGGGAGGAAUUGUAUAAGAUGGAGAUUCAGUUUGUGAAUUUGAUUGGGGUUUUUAGGUGCCGUUUGGAUGGUGCAGGAGCGGAUUUCGAAUCCAACGUGGUUCUUUUAAAGCUCAAGUACGCACCAAAGAUCUACCACAAAAUUUCUGGGCCUACUUUAGCUUCCAAGUUCAGUAGUGACCGGUACCAUAUCUGUAAGGAAGAUUUUGACUUCCUUUGGGUUCGCACAACAGAUUUUUCAUCAUUGAAGUCCAUUGGGCAGUCAUCUUAUUUAUGUUGGGAACUUCCAGAUGGAUUAUCAGCAACAGAAGUUCUUACUAGUUUCCCAUAUUACGAAGAAUAUGGGGACCUAGUUAUAAAACAGGGUAAGCCGUUUUGUUCUGCAUCUGAACUAGUUCCUAUCCUAAAUGGCCCAUCUGAUUCUAAUUUGGCAUAUGAGAUCAUAUUCCAAAUCAAUUCUCUCAUUCAUUCUCAAAAAAUAUGUGGCACGUCAGUGGGCACCAAGCUGUUGGACAUCCUAAGCGGUUUGACAGUAGAAACUGCUAAUAUGAUCCUUCUGAAGUUGCAUAAGAUGCAGUCUACUUGUGAUGAUCCUGUGCAGUUUUUCCAAGACCAGCUAAAUGGCAUGAAGAGAACUCAGAAGCAUCCUCCACCAUUCUGCCAAAACACAUUACCUGCUGAGAACCUAAUGAGUUGCCACAGAGUCCUUGUGACUCCAUGCAAAGUUUUCUUUUUGGGUCCCGAGCUUGAAACCUCCAAUUACGUGGUAAAGCAUUAUGCUGCAUAUGCUUCUGACUUUCUAAGAGUUUCUUUCGUUGAAGAAGAUUGGAAUAGGCUUCCUUCAGAUGCCCUCUCAACAAGAAUCGAACAUGGUCUAUUGUCCACCCCUUAUAGAACUCCGAUAUAUUAUCGGAUAUUAUCUAUUCUUCGAGAUGGGAUUGUUAUUGGAUCCAAAAGGUUUGAGUUUCUAGCCUUCUCAGCGAGCCAACUUCGCUCUAAUUCUGUUUGGAUGUUUGCUUCUAACGAUGAAGUAAGUGCAGAAAGCAUUAGAGAGUGGAUGGGUUGUUUCAACAAAAUCCGCAGCGUAUCCAAAUGUGCAGCAAGAAUGGGUCAAUUAUUCAGCUCUUCCUUGCAGACAUUUAGUAUUCCGGCACAAGAUAUUCAUAUUAUUCCUGACAUCGAGGUUGUCACUGACGGUAUAAAGUAUUGUUUUUCGGAUGGGAUUGGGAAGGUCUCUUUCUCUUUUGCUCGACAAGUUGCUCAGAAGUGCGGUUUGAAUCAAACACCUUCGGCUUUCCAGAUCAGAUAUGGUGGCUAUAAAGGUGUUAUAGCUGUCGAUCGUACUUCCUUCUCGAAGCUGUCGUUGCGCCGAAGCAUGCGGAAGUUUGACUCAAAGAACACAAUGCUAUGUGUCACUAAAUGGUCUGAAUCUAUGCCCUGCUAUUUGAAUCGCGAAAUUGUCUGUCUCUUGUCUACAUUGGGUAUUGAGGACAAGAAAUUCGAGUCAAUGCAGCUUGAACAAAUGCAUAGUUUAGACAAAAUGUUGACGAAUAGAGAUGUUGCUUUGAAUGUUUUGGAGGGUAUGGUGGGAGGUGAUAUGAGAACGACCUUAAUUAAAAUGUUGCUGCAGGGUUAUGAACCGAAUCUUGAGCCAUACCUCUUGAUGAUGCUAAAGGCGCACCGAGAAUUUCAGUUAUCUGAUAUAAGAAGCAAAUGCCGAAUUUUUGUGCCAAAAGGGCGGGUCUUGUUGGGUUGCUUGGAUGAAACGGGCACACUAAACUAUGGUCAGGCAUAUAUCCGUGUGACUCUGACAAGGGCAGAAUUGGAAAAUAGUGGUCAAGCUUUCUUUCAAACAGUCGAUGAUAAAACUUCGGUAGUAGUAGGACAAGUGGUAGUUACCAAAAACCCUUGCCUCCAUCCAGGUGACAUUAGAGUGCUGCAGGCCAUCUAUGAACUGGCAUUAGAGGAAACGGGUUUGAUUGACUGCAUCGUCUUCCCUCAGAAAGGAGAAAGGCCUCAUCCAAAUGAAUGCUCCGGUGGUGAUUUGGACGGCGACCUUUAUUUUGUAUGUUGGGAUGACAAUCUUAUCCCAUCAAAUACUGAUUCACCAAUGGACUAUAUCGGGCAGAGGCCACGUCUUAUGGAUCAUGAAGUGACACUAGAGGAAAUUCAAAAAUUCUUUGUCAAUUACAUGAUUAAUGAUACACUCGGUAUUAUCUCGACCGCUCAUGUGGUGCAUGCUGACCGUGAACCAAGUAAAUGCCGGAGCACCAAAUGCCUACAAUUGGCAAGCCUUCAUUCCAUGGCUGUCGACUUUGCAAAGACAGGAGCUCCAGCGGAAAUGCCGAGGAUGCUAAAACCCAAAGAGUAUCCAGAUUUCCUAGAGAGGGGAGACAGACCCAUGUACACCUCCCCUGGCAUAUUAGGAAAACUCUACCGUGCUACAAUCGAUUGGGCCAAUGAUCAAAACCCAGAAGUCAUGUGGUCUGAAACUGUCGCGCAGGCCGCCUAUGAUUACGAUCUUGUAGUGAGUGGUUUUGAGGCCUUUCAAGAAGCUGCGGAAAGUUACAAGAAUCAGUAUGCAGAGAAGUUGAGCACAUUAAUGAAUUAUUAUGGCGCAGAGACCGAAGAGGAGAUAUUGACGGGUAAUUUGCGUAAACGGGCAAUUCACUUGCAUAGAGAUAAGAAAAGAUAUGGAGAAAUGAAGGAUCGGAUUGUGGUUGCGGUCAGGAGCUUGCACAAGGAGGCUCUAGGGUGGUUUAGGAGUGGGUGCAAGGAUCAUGAACGGAUGAAGAUGGCUUCUGCAUGGUAUCAUGUGACAUACCACCCAGAUUAUGGUUCAGGUACUAAUAAUUUCUUGAGCUUUCCAUGGAUCUUGAGUGAUAUUUUGCUGAAUAUAAAGUCGUCGAAGAACAUGAAAAAAUAGGAGCAAGGCAAUGGCAAUAUAUUUCAAAUGUAUCAAUGCAUGUGUCAAAUCCUGUCGGCAUUCCUGUGUAUAUUUUUCUUUUGGUUGUUUUAGGAUUCUUACAUAUGCAAAUGUGUCUAUAUUUUUGGCAUGAAAUUCUAAUUGUGGGUUAGAUGUUUUUUGUUUUUACCUCUUUCGUUUUGGGCAAGAGCUGUGUUGAAAGGGGGAUUUCCACAUGCUGGAAUGGUCAGUGAUGGGUGUCCUACA